CAGCAUAAAAGAAAAGAAAGAAGUAACGACAGUGGGAGGCUCUGUACACUCGUCAGUGUUGUUACACGUGAAGAAAUAUGGCAUCGAACAGUAAUCUGAAGAUUGGAAUUAUUGGUGGUUCUGGUUUGGAUGACCCAGAUAUACUGGAGGAAAGAACAGAACGUUAUGUAGUCACACCGUUUGGAAAGCCAUCUGAUGCGCUGAUUUUGGGCAAAAUAAAAAACGUUGAUUGUGUACUUCUUGCAAGGCACGGGAGACAACACACCAUCAUGCCCACAAAUGUCAAUAACCAGGCUAAUAUUUGGGCAUUGAAGGAAGAGGGGUGCACACACUUGUUGGUCACCACAGCCUGUGGUUCUCUUAGAGAGGACAUCCAGCCUGGAGACAUUGUCUUGAUCGAUCAGUUCAUUGAUAGAACAACAAAACGUGCUCAGACAUUUUGUGAUGGGCAUCCCACCAGCCCCCCAGGUGUAUGUCACAUACCUAUGGCUGAACCCUUCUGCAGUAAAACUAGAAAGGUGCUACUAGAGAUCGCCCAAGGACUAGGUGUAAAGUGUCACCCUCGUGGGACAAUGGUCACUAUAGAAGGGCCACGUUUCUCCUCUCGGGCAGAGAGCCUUAUGUUUAGACAAUGGGGAGCUGAUGUCAUUAACAUGACAACCGUACCGGAAGUGGUUCUUGCCAAGGAGGCUGGCCUGUGCUAUGCUAGUAUUGCAAUGGCAACUGAUUAUGACUGCUGGAAAGAGCACGAAGAGGCGGUGUGUGUUGACAAUGUUCUGAAAACCAUGAAGGAGAAUGCAAAUAAAGCUAGCAGCAUUCUGCUCACUGCUAUACCACAGAUCUACCAGAUGGACUGGGAAAGCACAAUAAAUGCACACAAAUUGAUGUCACAGUCUUCAGUAAUGUUGCCCAAACAUUAAGGCACAUUGCAAUCAAGCAGACACCAAGUUGUGAUGUUCAUGCUGGUAUGACACUCAUUACACUUAUAGCCUCAAUUUAUUGAAGGCUGUUUGGUUUGUUUGUCAACCACAAUGACAUUGAAUAUGUGCAAAGAUUAGAGUUGGUAAACUAAAGUAAUUUGCAUGUAUGAAAGCAUUUUCGAGAGCAUGGUCAGAACUUUUGAUAUCACAUUUUUACAUUACAUUAAGUUACAUAAUUUUAUGCAUAAUAAAUACCUUUUUUUUGGUUGGAUGCAAAGCUAAAUGCAUUUCUCUUAAUACAAUAAAUUACUGUUGUUUUUCCCGAGUGCAGUUUGAAUGGGAUAUUGUUGAGCUGGGCAGUGGUUCUGUGCUUAAAACGUCCACUAUUUUGAGCCAACAGUUUUGUGAAGUUCAAAUGUAUUUAAAAAAGUAUCCCAGAUGUGUCUCAUGGGUUCAUUUUUAGUUUCCUCUUAAUGAUUUAAUACUUUAACAGUAGUUACUUUAUUUUGUUUUCAAGUGCCUGGUCUAACUAUAUAUAUUUUUGUUCUCUAGUUUCAAUAUCAAUUAUGAGUAUUGUCUAUCUUACCCUAAAGUGUGAUCAUACUACCAACACGGAAUAAAUAUUUUUAUGCAACAGA